AUGAAAGAGCUCGAUCGCGAGUUUUUCCGCAAAUCAGUGGAUUUUGCCAUUGUAUAUUUCCCAGAAGCCCGCUCCAUCGGCCAAUUUGUCAAGAGCCAUAGGAAGGAUCUCUUGGCUGUGCCAACCAUCCCUCAUGUCAUGAAGUCGCCCACUGAAGCCGACCCAGCGCGCAAAGGGGUGAUUCUCACUCACAAUAUCAAUAAUUUCGCAAACUGGAAAGACUUUGUCGCUCCUGAGACUGCUGCCACAAUUGCAGCGUUGAACGGAACGGUGGAAAAGUUCCUGUACGCUUUGACCUACGACUUCUGGAAGACGGACGAGAUCUUGAACGCCAUUUUGCCCACUGAGUUGUGUGGUGAGAUUCCGUCCGGUUUCACCGUGUGCGGUCAUGUUGCCCAUUUCAACUUGAAAAAUGAGUUUAAGCCGUGGGGGAAGCUCCUUGGCCAGGUCACCUUGGACAAAAACGCCCACAUCCGAACUGUGGUGGACAAAGUAGACUCUAUUGCCACAAAGUUCCGCACCUUCAAGAUGAAAUUGCUUGCGGGUGAUGAUGAUAUGUUGGUGGAACAAAGAGAAUCCGGCUGUCGUUUCCAGUUCGACUUUUCGUCGGUCUACUGGAACUCCAGAUUGCACACCGAACACGAGAGAUUAGUCGCAUUGUUCCAGCCCGGCGAGGUGGUGGGCGAUGUCAUGGCUGGCGUUGGUCCGUUUGCCAUACCUGGUGGGAGAAAGAAGGUUAUUGUGAUGGCCAACGAUUUGAACCCUGAAGCGCACAAGUACCUUGUAAAGAACAUUGCGUUGAACAAGGUAAGUGAGUUCGUUACCCCGCACAAUAUGGACGGCAGAGAGUUUAUCAUUCGGUCGCCAAGGAUGUUGCUUGACUAUGCCAACGCUAAAAAAGAGAUUUCUGUUACCAGACCAGCCAAGAAGAGAAAGACCAACGAGGGCAUUGCUGAAAAUACCAGUGUGGUGAUUCCAAAGUUCUAUUCGCACUACGUGAUGAACCUCCCCGACUCCGCGUUGACCUUUCUCGAUUCAUUUAUUGGACUUUAUUCCGAUCCAGAAGUCAGAGAUGUGGUCAAGCUGGUCCCAGAAUUCAAGCUUCCAACUAUUCAUGUGCAUUGCUUCGAGAAGUGGGAGUAUGAUGAGACACCAGAGCCAAGUAUGGAAGAGUUGCACAAGAGGGUCUACAGGAAGAUCUGCGAGUUGAUUGAGUUUGACGCACCGUUCAAUUCCUUCAGCUUCCAUUUGGUCAGAUGGGUUGCGCCAACUAAGCCGAUGUUCUGUGUGAGCUUUAAGUUACCAGAGAAGGUUGCAUUCCGUUCUGGUGUUACCGAUCCGUAUUUAUUGGUAUUUGCGCUCAUCGAGAUUUCGAAUUGGAAUAAAUUUUAG